UGUUUACACGUUCGAAAACCUCAAUCGUUGAUGAUUAGUACCCAAUAAGUAAAUGGAAGAGAAGAUAUUUGUAUGUGCAUAUGCAAAAGGCUUCGAUUCUGUCGUAUUUCAGUCCAUACUCCUGUUAGACUCGUCAAGGGCGGACCCCCAGAGCUCCAGCAUCACCGUCAUCCACCAUCUCCCGUUCUGAUUCUACCUCCCAUCGCUCUACUGCUAUCUCGCAGUACCAUUACUUAGAUUCCUUUGCCUUGGAUUUCCUCAUCGCCCGUGAACCGAUAUACAAGACUCCCGUCCACAAUCGUCAUCAUGUCCGCUGGCCUGCUGAAGCCCGAGAAGGACUUCACCAAGGACGCCGACAAGCUCAUUCCGGAAGCUGAGGCCCUUGCCAAGACCGACGUCCAAGGUGCGAUCGAUAAGUUGUUGGUGCUGGAGAAGCAAGCCCGACAGGCGUCCGAUCUCGCUACGACCUCGCGCCUCUUGAUCGCCAUCGUCAAUAUCAGCAAGAACUCCGGCGACUGGAGCCUUCUCAACGAUCAAGUGCUCGUCCUCUCUAAGAAACAUGCCCAGCUCAAGCAGGCGACGACGCGAAUGGUGCAGGAGGUCAUGAAGUUUUUGGAUGAUACACCAAACCUUGACGUCAAGCUCUCGGUCAUCGAGACUCUACGAACAGUCACCGAAGGCAAGAUUUUCGUCGAAGUUGAGCGAGCCCGCGUUACACGUAUCCUGUCGAACAUUAAGAAGUCGCAAGGCGAUCUCAACGCCGCGGCCGACAUCUUGUGCGAGUUGCAGGUGGAGACAUUCGGAUCUAUGACCCGAAGGGAAAAGACCGAGUUCAUCCUGGAGCAGGUUGGGCUGUGUAUUGAGCGUGGAGAUUGGACACAGGCCUCGAUUCUCAUCCGCAAGAUCAACAAGCGGUACUUCUCCCGGAAACCCAAGAAGAGUCCCGAGGAGAUUGAGAAGCUCAAGAAGCAGGCGGAGGAGCGUGAGAAGACUCGUGGACCGGAUGAGGCUCCGAUGGAGGUGGAUGACGAUGUGACCGAUCUCAAGCUGCGGUACUACGACCAGCAGAUCACUCUUGCCAACCACGAUUACAAGUAUCUCGAAGUCUGCAAGCACUACCGAGAGGUUCUGGACACUGAGGCAGUCGAGAAAAGCCCAGCACAGCUGCGUGCAUCUCUCGCGCGCAUCGUCUAUUAUAUUGUCCUUUCCCCCUAUGACAACGAGCAGUCAGACCUCUUGCACCGCAUCCAACAAGACCCCCGGCUGUCCCAGGUGCCCGUGGAAGCCCGUUUGAUCAAGCUCUUCACUAUUCCUGAGUUGAUGCGCUGGCCGAUGGUUGCUGAGCAGUUCGGCCCUCACCUCUGCGAGACCGAUGUAUUCGAUGCCCAGGCGCAGCAGUCGGCCGAUAACCAGGCUCACCGCAGAUGGCAAGAUCUGCGGAAGCGGGUUAUCGAGCACAACGUGCGUGUCGUGGCCAAGUACUACACUCGCAUUCAGAUGCCCCGCUUGACCCAGCUGCUGGACUUGACCGAGGAGGAGACCGAGAAGUACAUUAGUGAGCUGGUCACGUCGAAGACCAUCUAUGCCAAGAUCGACCGACCCGCGCGGCUAGUCAACUUUGCUAAGCCUCGGGAUGCGGAUGACGUUCUCAAUGAGUGGAGCAGUGAUAUGAAGAGCUUGUUGGGUCUGUUGGAGCGGAUCGAUCAUCUGAUCACCAAGGAGGAGAUGAUGGCUCGUAUCCAGCCGACUCGUGGGGAGAAGGCCAAGGCUCGUUGAGUUGAAUGGUGGUGGAGAUGUGGGAAUGCUGCUCCGUGUGUAAAAUAUCGCCGGUAGACCUGCUAUGAAGAGACCAGCCACUGUAUAAGUGGCUUUAUUGAACCAGUUAUAUCAUGACAUUUGAAGACAAGACAAGAUCGGAAGUUAAAAAUAAAUUUCCGGCGUCGAACAAGGCUGUCUAUAUAUAUGUAAUCUAUAUGAGCAACCCACCUCGUCCGUUUAUAUAUAUACUCAUCGGCUCGGACAUUCGACUAGAAUGGAACGUCCAUAUCGUUCACAUCUUCCUCCUCAUCUGCUUUUGUAGCCCCGCUGCUCUUCUCCAAUUGCUCCCGAAUGAACCGCACUGCAGCAUCCAAAUAAGGCCGCUGACUCGGCAAAAAGUGACCACCGGGAUGCCAAACCACCAAACCAUCCUUCUCCGGCUCCCCCGCACAAGCUUCAAUCAAUGCCCGACUCCUCGACUCCUCCACAACCGCAUCCAAAGAUCCCAGCACAUGUAAAAUCGGUGUCUGAAUGGGCGGACUCUCGUAGAAACCACGAUACCGCGCCCCCGGAGACCGGAAUCCACUAUACGCAAUCGCAAACUUGAAUGGCGGAUGCUGGAAACCGGGCGCAGCAAAGGACGCUGGGAAGUGUAUUCCCGGCGCUCCCUCCGAUUCAUCCUUCUCAAAUUUCGCAAAGGCCUCCUUGCGCCCACUCUCCAACAACGCCGCAACCAUCCCCACCAUGGCAGCGCCUUGUGAGAAUCCAAUGACACCGUCGAAGGGGCCCUCCUCCGAAAGCACCUUAGCCACGGCUGCAAGUCCGUCUUCUAGGCCCUGGUAAAGAGGAGGAGUGGCAGUGUUGGAUCGACGCCACCAGCCGUAUGCUUCGAUCUCGUCUUCCUGUAGCCCUCCUUCGGAUGGUUCGUAACCGGGGAUAUCACUUGGCCUCAGGCGAAGAGGACCCGUUGGGUAGAUUGCGGACACCUCGUGCAGGGGAAAGGCCUUUUGGAUGUGUUUGACCAGGGCGCGGCUCUUUGCGUGGAACAGGGGGCCGGACUGGGUGUAGCCAUGGAGCAUGAGGAUUUUCAGCGGUUGGCGCGCCGAGGCUGAUGGAUUUGGAGCCAUGGUAGCAAGGGAACAGGUCGGUUAAAGUGAAUGUAAUGAUUGAAGCGACAGUCUUCGGAAGGCAAUUUUCAACAUAGAAAAGGAGAGAGAGAGAG